ACCUCGGAUGCAGUUGUCAUGGAGAUGGAAAAGAGCUCCGCGUCUACUGGCGGCCCUGUUACCAUGGAAAUUCCCACCACAGCCUCUGUCUCAGAGGAGUCCAGGAUUGUUCAGGACCAUGGAGAGCAACAUGCAGGCGUCGCUUCUGAGCACAGAAACUAUCGCAUGUUGAUUGUGAUCGGAGAGAUUUCCACCGGUCACCACCUGGACGCUGCUCGGAACCAGAUCACACAUGGUCUACAGUCCUGGAACGUCGACCUAACAGUCUGUGACCUGAACAAGGAGCUCCAUCUGUUUGAGACCCGGCAUACGGCUCAGUUCUCCUCACAGGUCAAAGGCCAGAGGAUUCUGCAGUAUCAGAGUGACGUUCUGCAGACAGUGGUGUUGGUGAACCCAUCAGAGGAGACAGUUUCUUCAGAGAUUUCGUCUCUGAUCACUGACUUUGCGGAACAUAAGUUGCUGAUAUUAAGUGGACAAAGCCCAGGACAGGAAGGAGACAUACUUCUGCAAGGAGGACCUUUCACCUGGGAAAACCUCUCUGAGAUCAUCUUUAGCCCCCAGGUGACUGGCGCUCUCUCUGAGCCCUCUUCAAGACAACUGUCCACACUCACUGUUUGUUGUCAAGGGGAAGGCAGCUGGAGCUCCUUAGGCCAAAGUCAGGAGCAGCAGCUUCUUGAAUAUCGCCUUAACCCCGAACCUUACCUCCCAGAAAUGGAGGGAGUGAAAGAGUUCACAGACUACAUCUCAGAGACAGUGGAUGUGCCGUCACCCUUUGAGCUUCUAGAACCUCCAACCUCAGGAGGGUUUUUGAAGCUGUCCAAGCCCUGCUGCUACAUCUUUCCUGGAGGACGAGGAGACUCUGCUUUGUUUGCAGUUAAUGGAUUCAACAUCCUGGUGGAUGGUGGAUCUGACCGGAAAGCCUGCUUCUGGAAGUUAGUUCGACACCUUGACAGGAUUGACUCGGUCCUACUCACACAUAUCGGGGCGGACAACCUGCCGGGCAUCAAUGGGCUGUUCCAGAGGAAACUUGCAGAACAGGAAGAAGAGCGUAACCAAGGGUCUGGCUCGAACAGCAAUGGAGACUGGAUGAAGAACUUGAUCUCCCCUGAGCUCGGGAUUGUGUUCUUCAAUGUCCCAGAGAAACUCAGAAUGCCGGAGUCCACUCUGAAAGUGAAGCGGAGUAUUGAGGAGGCAUCGCUCACGCUUCAGUACCUCAAUAAGCUCGGCAUCACACCGGAACCUCUUCACCGGGUGGUGAGCAACACGAUUGAACCGAUCACGUUGUUCCACAAGCUUGGCGUGGGAAAGCUGGACAUGUAUGUGUUAAAUCCUGUGAAAGAAAGCAAAGAGAUGCAGUUCUUGAUGCAGAAAUGGGCAGGAAACAGCAAAGCCAAGACCGGAAUCAUGAUGUCUAAUGGAAAGGAAGGAGAAAUAUCGGUUCCAUAUUUAACAUCUGUCACUGCCUUGAUAGUUUGGAUUCCUCACCGUCCCACUGAGAAGAUAGUCAGGGUGCUCUUCCCUGGAAAUGCUCCACAGAAUAAAAUCUUUGAGGGUCUUGAGAAGCUAAAACACUUGGAUUUUCUGCGGUACCCUGUAGCAACUCAAAAGGACAUAUCAUCUGGCGUUCCGCCAUCGAUCAUCAAGCAAACAAAAAUUAGAUCAAGAACCGACAGCAAAGAGAGCCUCAAGUCCUCACCCAAACCUCACUCUAAAACCACAAAAAAGGAGGUCAGCGGGCAGGAGGAAGACGCUAAAAACGACUCCACUAAAGAGAAUAAAGUAGAGAAGAAGGAUGAAAAGAAGUCCAAAAGUGAAAAUCUUAAAGCCACUAAGCAACAAAAGAACAGCGAGGUAGCGCCUGCAGCUGGUAAGUCGGAGAAAAAGAAAAAGGUGCUCAGUCAAAAUAGGAGCUCCAAGAUGGAUGAAAAGAAGGACAAAGAAAAGAAAGAAAUUAAGAAAGAAAAGGCAAAGAAAGAUGAUAACAUCAGGAAAGAGGAGAAAAAGGAAUUGAAAGCCAAAGAGAGCAAAAAGAAGGACCCGAGUAAACCAGAGCUGAGAAAAAUGACAAAGCCGGAACUAAAGCCACUUACUCCAGAAGUGAGGAAGACUCUGAGCAAGGCCAAGAGUCAAACAAAACCCAAGUCAGACAAAAAUAAAGUCCCUAAAGAGGAAGUUUAUGAUGAAAAGCCAGUUGCAAAAAAUAUUCUGGAAGAGGUUGCAGCUGCUGCUUUGGCUGACAGGUCAAUUGUUUCCUCCCCUGAGGACCUCACUGAAGACUUCGAGGCUCUUAAACAGGAAGAGGUUUCCAAAAGUAAGAUGGAGCCCCUUCAAACUGAGCAAACUCAAGGUGGUGAAGUGCAAAAAGAAGCAGCUGCCUCUUCAACAUUGUUCCAUGAGGAGAAAGUCGCAGUGUCAGCUGCACACACAAAGCCUCCUUCACCAGAAUCCCCUGUUAAUAAGACAGAGAGCCCAGUCAAAGAAGUGGAAGAACAAGUCCCACCCUUUGAGACAGAGGAGACGAUAGGUGGCUUUGACAAAAAGUAUGACGAAGAGAAAAUGGAAAAGUAUGAGAAGUACGAGUCAAAGGACGACAUGAAGGACGCGUCAAAGAAGAGCGAGAGCUCCGAGGAGGAAGGUGACGUCAUCGAAAAGGCUGAGCUCGAAGGAACGGAGGAUGAUGAGGUGUUGAUGUACAAAGAUGAGGAGAAGAAGAAGGAAAAACUAGCGAAAGAGUCAGACGGAAAACAAACAGAGCAAAAGCAAGCGAGUGCCACCGCCGCCGUCGUGCCAGCAGUGUCUGCCUCUGAGCAUCUCUCCUUCAUCCAAGAUGAAACCAUCCCUGGCUACUCAGAGACUGAGCAGACAAUAUCUGAUGAAGAGAUCAACGAAGAAGCGGAAGAUAAGAUCCCUCAACUGCGCUAUGAUGAUAUCUCUGUACCUGACAUCCCUGGCACAUUUGAGUCCAUGCAUGGGAUAAAGGAAUUGAAGACCUCUGCGGUAUCUGAUGUGGAUGUUAAACCUAAGAUCUUUGUAGGCGCCCCUGAACCUGAGCUCGCACCGUACCCCGCCAUUAUUGCCGCCCCCCUGGCAGAGGAAGAGCACAUCUCCUCUGCAACAUCCAUCACAGAAUACGACAAACUCUCCUCCUUUGCCACAUCUGUUGCCGAAGACCAGUCCAUAGCCUCUGUGACAGCACCACAGACGGAGGAGGUGGGAAGGACCUCCCUCAUGCUCGACACCAACAGCGGCAUGCCGUUACGCGCUGAAGUCACACAAGGAAAAGACUAUCUUCAUUCCGCCGGGACCAUCUCCCCAACUUCCUCUCUGGAGGAUGAUAAAUGCUUCAAGUCUCCUUCCCCGGAUGAGUACCAGCCCAACAUCCCAGAUAUAGAGGGUGACUCAAAAACCAAAGCAUUCCAUGAAGAUGAAGAUGAGGAGGAAGAUGAGGAUGAGGACCAGACUCCUAAUGUUGACAUCCCUCUGGGCAAACUCCAGGAAGGUUAUGAACAUGCUGCUUCCUUGUUGCUUCAGGAGAAAGAUAAAUCUCCCACCACAACAGUUUCUCCUCCUCUUUUCUCACCCACGCUGACUGCAAGCAAAAGUCCGCCUGCUGUCAGCACUACAGAUGAAGUGAAACCACUUUCCCCACCUUCAUCUUUCUCUCUUGGAUUAGAAUCUCACUCCAGGCAGGAUAGCGAAGAAAGAUGCCUGAGUCCAGAAGACAGCACAAUGAAACUGGCCUCACCUACUCAGUCUGUUCCCACCAGUAGCAGCUACUCCCCCACUGAAGAAAAGGCCUUCAAGAUCGAAGAUAGAACCGACGUAGCACUGAAGGCUGAACCGCAGAAGACUGAGAAAUCUGUCACCAUUUCUGAUAACGCCUCCUUUAUCGGUGUUCCAGGUGACAAGACUUUAGGUGAAGCAUCUGAGGAAUCUGAGGAAGAAAGUGAUGAUGAAGACGACUUUUACAAAAAGAAGGAUUUACAGCCAACCCAAAAAGCUAAGCUCAUGGAGGCGAAAGAAGGAUGCUUCCUGGAUGAUGAUUUUACUUUUGAGACAAAGUCUGAAACUAAGCAAACAGAACCUGAAGUCCCAGAAACUGCACCGCUGCCUACUUCAGUGGUUAUAGAGACACCAAAACCACAAGUAGUUUACUCAGAUGAUGAUGAGGAAGAUGAUGAAGAAGAAAAUGAUGAUUUCCCAAGUGGGGACAAGCCCAAGUCUGAAUCAGUGGAGCGGAACAAAGAGGAACUGACAAAAGACAGCAAAGAGACAGCCAAUAUGUCUUCACUUGACCCAGAAAAAAGUGUUCAAUUCAGCCUGUCUGAGUUCCCGGAGAAGGAGACAAAGGAAAAGGCCAUCUACAUCAGACAAGACACGCCAUACGUGCACGGCAAGACGUUCUCAUACAGCGACAUCUAUGGAAGCAAAACUAGCUCUGUCGAUUCUGAUUUCUAUCAUCAAGAGUCAGUAGAGAAGCCUGAGAAAGACAUUCCAAAGUCUGGGCAAGUUGUAGCCCGGUCACCUGAAACCGAAAAACACAAAGUGUCAGAAAAGGAAGCGUUUGUUGCUUCAUUUGAAAAAGAGUCGACUACAUCACCAAAGCCUGUCUCUGGAUUCGAGUCUGCUCCAUACUCGACGAAGUAUGAAGCUGAAGAAAAGGAGAAAGAAACAAUUGAAUACCAUGUGGCGAGCCGUUUCCCCUCCGUGGCAGACAGACCAGAGGCCUCGUCCACCUUGUUGUCGUCCAGUACUGACUCCUACUCUCUCAACAAACAAACAGACUUGACAAAGCCUUUCUCGUAUUCACUAAGUGGUGUUGACCAAACAGCCGCACUUGGCUUGAGCGACAAAGAUGGAAGCUUUGAGAUUGACUUGCAAAAGAUAACAGCUAGAGAUGAAGAGGACUAUGAUGUCCAUGAUGAUGACACUGAUUCUGAAGAAGAGGAGGAUGACGAAGAGGAAGAAGAGGAUGUUGAUGAAGAUGCUGCCGGUUCUGAUGUGGAGAAAGGUGCAAAAGAAAAGUCUGAGAAGGAGGAUUUAAGUCCAGUUAGUGAAAUAAAAGUAGUGAAACAAAAUAAGCCUGAAUUUCUUGUUUCCAUGGCCGGAUAUGGCUUCAACAGUCAAGGGACACCCGUCACGAAAGAAGGUUCCCCAAUGAUGGAAGACAGUUUUCCUGUCAGGAAAGAAAGUUUCCCCAUCGAACAAGAAAGUUCCACUGUUACGAAAGACAGCGUCCACAUCACAAAGGAAAGUUUUCCCGCCACAGACGAAAGUGUCUCGGUCACGGAAGACAGUUUUGCCCUCAAAGGAGAAAGUUCCUCCUGCAUGAAGGAAAGUUACCCAAUCACAAAGGAAAGUUGUCCAGUCACAGAAGAAAGUGUCCCUAUUAUGAAAGAAAGUUCUCCCAUCACAAAAGAAAGUUCUCCCAUCACAAAAGAAAGUUCCUUUGCCACAAAAGAUAGUUCCCCCAUCACUGAAGAAAGUUUCCCUGUCGCGAAAGAAAGUUCCUUUGUCACCAAAGAAAGUUCUGUUGCCACAAAAGAAAGCUCCUUUACCACAAGAGACAGUUCCCCCUUCACUGAAGAAAGUUUCCCUGUCGCGAAAGAAAGUUCCUUUGCCACAAAAGACAGUUCCCCCAUCACCGAAGAAAGUUUCCCUGUCAUGAAAGAAAGCUCCUUUACCACAAAAGACAGUUCCCCCAUCACCGAAGACAGUUUCCCUGUCACAAAAGAAAGCUCCUUUACCAUGAAAGACAGUUCCCCCAUCACCGAAGAAAGUUUCCCUGUCGCGAAAGAAAGUUCUUUUUCCACAAAAGAAAGCUCCUUUACCACAAAAGACAGUUCCCCCAUCACCAAAGACAGUUUCCCUGUCGCGAAAGAAAGCUCCUUUGCCACAAAAGACAGUUCUCCCAUCACCGAAGAAAGUUUCCCUGUCGCGAAUAAAAGCUCCUUUGCCACAAAAGACAGUUUCCCCAUCGUAAAAGAAAGUUCCCCUGUCACCGACGAACGUUUCCCUGGCAAGAGAGAAAGUGUCCCAUCCUCACCCAAAAGUGAUGAAGAUGAAGCUAAAGACUGUUUGUCGUCAGUCAGUGUAAAACCAAUGGAUUCAGGUGCAACAAGUUCCUCUGGCUACUCGUCAGAGUUCAAAUACUCAUGUGAGGGCGGGCAGAAAGAGUCUUUCUCAACCAGUCAGACUGACAACAGAGAGAAAGAAGAUUUCGCUUUGAAAUCGCCAGGAGACCAUUUCCAACAGCACGGUAUGGCUGACUUUGAAGUAGAGAAAACUGCUCAACCCUUGAGCAAAGCUUCACUGGACAUGACCUAUAGCAAUGCUCCAAUGGCUGCUGCAGGUUAUUCGUCCUCAUCAGCUUAUAGCUAUUCCUCUUCCACUUCGGGCUCCUUCUCCACCAGCCGUCAGUUUGGAGAAGAACUUGAGACCCCUGCAUCAGCAGAGCCUCUGUUUGAGUACUCCACGUUUAAGGAAGAGCAUUCUUUAACCAUGGAUUCUGCUUCCUCCAUGUCAGCUGGCACCAAAGACGAUUAUCUAGAAGUGUCUGAGAAGCAGAUCACUCCUACCACCACAGCGGAGUCCACCUCCAGUUUAGCUCAUUCGUCACCCGUUAGCCCAUUCGAGGAAGUCAAAUCUUUCCCUUCCGCUACUUUUGCUGAGGUCAAGAAAGAGUCCACCACAUCUCUGGGAGGAACUCUGGACAAAGGUCCUCAGACAGAUUGUUUCUAUAAACCGGAGUGGUCUGAAGUGUCCAAAUUUGAUUCUGCCAAAGGCUUUGAAGCCUCCAUUGGUCACCAGGCCUCUGAAUUGGCGGUUGAAAAAGAGGCUGCUAGUGCUGCACUGUUUGGUAUCACCUCUUCCCCUCGGCCUGAGAUCGAAGGAAAGCAUUACUUUGAGGAGACCGAAAGCAGCGAGGAAGAGGAUGAGGAGGCUUACAUGCGGGAGAUUUCCCAGAGGCCUCCUUCAAGCGUUCUGGCAUCUGGUUUGCCAGAAAAGGUUGUUGCUCCUGUAUCAAGUGCAAAAAUCAGUAGUCCACCUGCAGAUGCUCUCGGCAGCUACAUGUCCUCGUGUCUGAAGUCUAAAGAGCCGGAACUAAGCACAUGUCCAACCAUUCCAGGCGCAGCCAGCGUUGCUGCUCCCAAAGAACAAGCGGAGGGUUACAGAAGCUCUCAUGAGUGGGAGCUGCCAAAGGCCACAAUAGGAAUGAUGCCAGGAGAUUCUCCACCUCAUUACCGCCAUGAGGAUGAAUUUGAGGAGGAGUGCGAGACCGAGCCAGAACAUCCCGCUCGCCCUCUCUCUCUAUCCUCUACUGAUCAACCGUUCCACUCAGCAUUCUACGCUGAAGAGUGCAGCCAACAAGGACAUGACGACGAGGAUGACGAAGACAGCGAUCAGGAUAUCGCAUGUGCACAUGUGGGAGCCACGUCCUCAUACGCUAGCCGCACCUCGCCUGGAUACACGUCGUCAGAGUACAAGCAAAACAAAUCUGACCUCUCGCCUUCCUUCAUAAACCCUUCCAUGCGUCAGCUCUGCAGCGACGAGGAGGAUGAGGAGGAUGGGCUUAGAAGUGACCAGUCCCAGGAGGGAGAUGAGCACGACCUGUCCGUUAAAAGAAGGGGGCACAAACAGCCCCACCACCAUCCCACUCAGAGCAGGGACAACAGCUCAGUCCACCAAGCCGGUGGUGUGUCAGCAGGCUUUGGUCUUGCUACAGAGGAAACGCCGCCCACGUCGGUCAGCGAGUCACUCAACUCUCAGUCAGACUCCGAUUUCCCUCCCGGCACAGAGGAGUACCCCUCGGCCACCGGUGGAGGGAACAUGGACUCGGACGAGGAUGCAGACUACAUGCCCAUUGAUAAAAUCACAGCUAGUGGCGGAGCAAGUCGCCACACUCCAACCAGGAGUCGGGACCCUGCCCCGGCUCCACUUAUGGAUCCCUAUCCUCACCCUCCGCACCCUGAUGUGUGCAUGGUGGACCCCGAGGCGUUGGACAGCAGCCCUCUGAAGAAAGAAACUAAAACUAAAGGACUGAAGAAAGCCUCUGGAAAAACUAAAUCGGCAUCCCCAGCGAGGCGCAAGAGGUCAUCCAUGACUGUCAAGCAAACGUCGUCUCCUCGCAGCCCUUCACUCAAGAAGAAGGAGGCAGACAAGAGUUCCAGAAUGUCCCGCCUGUCAGAUGGACAAGGUUCCAAAGACGACCUCUCAAGGUCGAGCUACAACCCUGGCAAAAGCCUGACUAAUGGUGUCAAGAGCAGCUCUGCGUCUCAAAAGUCUGGCGCUGCUGGACUCCCUAUUUAUGUAGAUCUCGCCUACAUCCCCAACCACUGUAGCGCUAAAAAUGUGGACACUGAGUUCUUCAAACGAAUCCGCUCAGCGUACUACGUAGUCAGCGGGAACGACGCGGCAGGUGGUGAACCAAGCCGGGGAGUCCUGGACGCCCUGCUGGAAGGAAAAGCACAGUGGGGAUCAAACCUUCAGGUGACUCUCAUCCCGACUCAUGAUACCGAGGUGACCCGCGACUGGUACCAGCAGACGCACGCCAAGCAGCAGGAGCUCAACAUCAUGGUUCUGGCCUCCAGCAGCACCGUUGUCAUGCAGGACGAGUCGUUCCCCGCCUGCAAGAUUGAGUUUUAAGCCCCCUUCUCUCUGCUCUCCUGUAGUUUUGGACUUUCUCUAGAGCCUGAUAUGCAAGUCUGUCUCUGCAUUUCUGUGAGGCGGUGAGCUGUUUCCUUUCUUUCUGGAGUCAUUUUCAAACGGUGUGAGGCUCUUGUCUUUUAGCUGAUGUCAGCCGACGCAUCGCAGCAACAUUCCUGUGGAAGUUUUGAACGCAAAGUCAAAUCUAGAAUUAUAUUUAUUAGUUAACAAAUUCCUGGAGGUUUCUGUUUAUUAGCGCUAGUCUUCCAAUUGGCCCACAUCAAAGCACAGACUUCCACAUCCUUGGCACUUGGUUUUGUCUGAGUUCUGAGUAGAGUAGACUGAAUAGAGAGCAGGAGUCACACGAGUGUGUCUUCUCACUCGAAUAGGGACAAGACAGCGAUGAAAUACUGACGUUGAUUUAUAUUUCCACAGCGGUAUAAGCAUCACUCCCUGUGGUCCGGUGCGGUUUGUACGACAGGCGGCACUUUGAGAGUUGCUGAACUGCUGCAUCAUGUAUUCCUAAUUCCCUAUGGCGGUAAUCGAAUGUACAACAUACAGAACAUGUGGUUGCGAGGAGAGAUUGUGUUGGUCUGCUGAUAAGAAUUUGCUGUGGUCUGAUUGGUGGUCCGACUGUCACCCACGUGUGCCUUUUUGUCCUGAUGUGUUGGAAGGACAACGUGACGUUCAACAGUUUUAGGCCUGUCAGUGCACAAAAGUCGAAUUCUGCUAAUCCAAGAAGCACAAAAAAGGUGUCCGAAUCAUGAAACCUGAUUUUAAAAAUACAGUAUAUUAAUAUUGUUUUUCAUUGUUGGUUCACCUUCUUCUGUUUUUAUUAUUUGCAAUAGAUAGGGAUGGACUUAUUAAGUUAUUCGGCUCAGUGUCUAGUAACCCAAAUUCAAAACUAGGAGGAAUCCACAACUUACAUUAAAACGAGUGUAGGAUUUUAUAGUUUUGAUAUGGUUUAAUACAUUUUAUCUCUCCAGGUGAUGACAGGACCAACACGCAUCCGCACUGUGCGAUUUACAACACUUUUACGUUCUUCAGUCUGACGCAUGAGCAACAGAUGCAUGUGGUGAGGCGACUAACUUACCCAGGGUGAUUUGAAUGUGAAGAUGACCUUCGCCCUUUAUUGGGGGUGAGACUCUUGGUUGCCUUGGUUACGGUAUCGUAGACGCGAAUCAUGAAAAGAACAAAUCAGACAAGUGCAACACAAGCACUGACACUUUGCAGAACACUUGCACUUUUGGUUUACUUCUAGUACUCCCGGAGAGAGAACACGCAGGUUUACUCUCGAGUUCAAAGACAACUGCGGUGAUUGUAGGAGCAGCUGACGCUUCUACGAUGACACAUCAUCACUAAACUGCAUUCCCGUUCAACACUAUAACAACGCUCACACUGGUUCUCAUCGAUAAAGCCGUGAACUACAUUAGCACUUCAUUUCUGUAUCGUGCAACACUGAUCUUAUAUCCGUGCUGGUCAGACGUCUUAUCUGGAACCUAUCCUGACACAAAUCAUCUUUUUUGUUUCUGGUGAGCUCUGCUUAUACGUGCAUGUGUAGCUCUUGAGUUCUCUCGUAUUGCAAUAGUAACGGAAAGAAAAAAAAAAGAAAAAAAAAACAGACUUGGCAUAGAAUUUUAAAGAUGUAUAUUUAAGAUGCUCGGCUGCCCGUUAUCGAGGAGCCACAUGUAUUCUGGCUGUGUUGUGCUGUAAAGAAAAGCCUUGUGAUGUUUCUUUCCCCCUCUUCCCUGCUCUAUGGUUUCAUAUAUGGUUUGGAAGUGCAAUAUUAUACCUUCAACUGCUUAAAAUAGUAAGGAAUAGAUGAAAAAAAAUAUUGUUACUAAGGAGAAUAAUUGUGGCGAUCAAUAAACAUUUACUGAGGUAAGAA